GCUCACGUUCGCACGUUGGAGAAGAGGCUGGUCUUGCGCUGCCUUUGAAUAUUUUACUUUUCGGCAGUUUCCCAUCAGUCAGUGACAGGCACCCGAGCUGCGCCGAGCUCCGCACAGCCAUGGGCAGCACCCGGCGAUCGCGCAUCUGAGCCGCCACGAUACUCCUCUCCAUUCCCGAAUCCCGGAAUCUCGGAGCGCGCCCGCCGAGCAAACACCUUGUCUCUGCUCGCCGGGAGCYGCACGCGCACGCGCUCGCAUCCCUGCUCGGCUCCUGGCUUCCCGGAGGAUCGUGCCGGCUGCUUUUCAUGGAGAAAGUCCAGGGAGAAAUGGAGAUUGAGAGAUGGGAAAGAAGUGAGGAGAUCUCGGAGGCAGAGAAAAAGGUGAUUCAGGAGACAUGGAGCAGAGUGUACGCAAACUGCGAGGACGUCGGGGUCUCCAUACUCAUCAGGUUUUUUGUCAACUUCCCUUCAGCCAAGCAGUAUUUCAGCCAGUUCAAGCACAUGGAGGACCCRCUGGAGAUGGAGAGGAGCUUACAGCUGCGUAAGCAUGCCCAGCGGGUCAUGGGUGCCAUCAACACCGUGGUGGAGAACCUCAGUGACCCAGAGAAGGUCUCCUCCAUUCUGGCUCUCGUGGGCAAGGCCCAUGCCCUCAAGCACAAAGUGGAGCCCGUCUACUUUAAGAAGCUCACCGGUGUCAUGCUGGAGGUCAUUGCUGAGGAGUACGCCGAUGACUUCACCCCAGAGAUGCACACUGCUUGGACCAAGAUGAAAACCCUCAUCUACACCCACGUGACGGCGGCCUACAAGGAGGUGGGCUGGGCGCAGUACCCCAAUGCCACCCUGUGAGYGGACAGUGGGCACGGGCGAGGGGCAGGGAGGGACGCGCUCGCACCAGGACUUCUCUCUGGUCUCUUCUUCUGAAGGUCUCCACUCGGCCCGGGGAGUCCGCUGUGGGCAGCUCUGCCAGCUGCCAAGUCACAAUUUGAUCUCCAUGGGGUUAAAAAAAAUAAACAAGCCAAAAAAAUAUAUAUACAUACCAUAAAAAGGGUGUAGGUGGGUCAGGGUGAAGCGGGGGAUGUUGGAAGAGGAGAGCUGAUGGUUGGCUCCGUCUCGCAGCCCUGGCCUUCCCCAACCCUGCGUGUCGCUGGUGCCGCCUCCGAGACCCCCCCUCGCACCCACCCACCCUGCUGCAGGGUCCCGCCGGGCAGGCUCAUGGACCAAACGCCCCGUGUUUGCUGCGUGAAGCCCCUCGGCCACCCCGGCCCCUCGCUUCUCGGGCUGCGAUGCUCAGGGGGCCCGCGGGGCCGCCCCGCUGGCGCUGCAGGCGCUUUGCUUCACCCACCCAUCCGCACUCACCCCCGGGUGGCACGCCUGGCUUCCACGGCACGUCACCUCUCCUGUUGUGAGCCGYGCCGUCCUGGGCAUGGAGGGACCAAGGGGACGGGAGAGACUUGGCGCCUACAGCGUGAGAGCAGGGAAGGAGGGCACCCRGCUGCGCCCCAGGGCUGGUGGCCCCUUUCAGCCGUGCGCUAGCCACGGGUCCAGGAGUUUGGGCCGUUGCCUGCUGCUCCGGGAUGCCCGGGAGGAGGAGGAUGGAGGGAGGCAGAGCUGAGUGCUCUGCCAUGAGAGGAGCAGAGACCGGGCUCCAGAGCGGGGAAAGAUGAGGCGAGUGCAGCCGGACAGAUGCCUGGAUGUGAUGAGAGGUCCCUGCACUCUGCUAAAGUCAAUAAACCCCUUCUGUGCGAACGUAUUCCCACCYUGAUGAAACUGGGUUCCUUCAAAUAAAGUGCCUGGUAGAAGUCUUUCCAUGCAGGAUGCGGCACUCAUCCUCAUGGAGCAUCAAUCCCGCUGCCUGGCCCUGGCAAAGGGCUCCGCGAGCGCGGCGAGGGGUGGAUGCAGCGGGAGCAGAGAGCUCACACACUCCUCCCGCCUCCAACGCUGUCUCUUUCGGGAGCUUUGGGCAAGUCUGCUGAGUUUUUGCUGCCUCAGUUUCCCCUCAGCCAUGCUUGGUGAGGCCUUGGUAUAGGUGGCUUUGGUGUGGGGGGGCCCUCUGGGCAACCUCAAGUCAAAGGACCUGAUUUGAAGCUGCACAUGGCCCUGUGUCCGUCACACGGAUGGGGGCAAGGCUGGGACAGUGAAGCCCUUCUCUAUUUGACUCGUUCUUUCAGCUGUGCCCCUUUGCCCAAUCUUUCCUCUCUUGCUUUCUCUUCUUCUCCCACUUAAUUUUCAGCAAUUUUACUUGACAGGCAGGUUUCUACCACCUAAGUCUCCCCUUUCCCUGAGCUGGCAGGAUGGGGGGCUGCUGGCGUGGCCCCCAAAACCUUCGGAGCCGUCUCCUACUUGUAUCAGCCCCCAACAAGCAAGGGGGAGCCCUGGGCUGCUUCAGUCAACAAUCUGCUUUGAGWAAGGGUCCCGUUGGCUUCUUAUCUCGAGGACCCAACGCUUGCCCUUUCUCACCCCAAUUGCCACUUGAGCGGUUGUUUCUCCUCCUCUUCCUUAUCCUCUGUUUUGCCUUUGAAGCCAAYAUGACCACCGUGUGCCUCUGUCCUAGCCCCAACAGGAGCUGCUGCUUGGAGGCUCCUUUAGAUGCAACCAGUUUUGCCAGGCUUCCCCUUCCUGCUCUGGCCAUGCAGCCCUUCUUGCCCUUGCCUGGGGCCAGGUGCUCCGGAGCAGAGGUGGACCCUCCGGAGCAGACGUGGUCCCUCCUGUCCCCUCACCAGGAACCAGCUCGGGACCUUCCCAGUGCAGCUUGGACACAGGCAGCAGGAACAGUGGGUACAGUGAGAGGGUUGCAGGGAGGGAAGAGAUGGACGCACGGGGUGGGUGCGUUGUAGAGCCUCAGCAUCCCCUGAAACUUCGCCCGGAUAAAUCUUUAAUUCCCACGUGAGUGUCUGCCAGGUUCCUUUGACAUCCUCACCCAUGGGUGCCAAAACCUCGGGAUCAACAGGGUGUCUUUUUGAGGGACAGAUCAAAACUAUGGCACAUCAUCUUGGCUUAUUUCUUUGCCUCUCUGGAGAAGCCGGUGCUCCCACGCACCCACGCCGGUGCGCAGCGUGACCGUGCGUGCGCACACACGCGCCCGCCUUGGGCUUGUUUUUUUCCAGGCAUAGUUUUCUAAAUCACAUCCAGCUGCGUGCAGCUGCUGUCCCGCAAGGACCCGUUCCACCAGCCCCGUUGCAAACAAACUCGCGUUUAUUUUUACCGGUUGUGGAGGAAGCGGGGAGGGCGGCCAAGGGCGAGCUGGCUUGGGGACUAGGCAGAGAUGAAGCAAACGCCCCCUCCGCGCCGCCCCCAGCGCAGAGCUUAAAGUGGGAAUGAGCAGAGGGAAAGGGAAAAUCACGGCUCCUGCUGCAGCGGCGCGCGGGGUUUGGAUGCACACGGGCGCUCUCAGAGCGGGCUCCGGUCCCAGCUCCCUCGAGCGCCGCCUGCUCCGGUCACCCACCCGGCGGUCACCGUCACCGGCGGGCCGACCUCGGCGCUCGAGGGGAUGAAGCCCACGGUAUGGGCUGAGGCAAAGACCUGUCCUUGCUGCCUCCUCACACUAGCUAGCAGCUAAAAUAUAUACGUGUAUAUAUAGCGACAUACAUAYAUGCGGCUAGAGAAACGCUCUCGAGCUACCAGAGACAUUUAGACAAGGGAGCCCUUAGGGACCUUGCACUGCCUCCAUUGCCUUCGCUCGCCAACGGGUCCCCUCCGAGCUGGGAAGGGGGGCCCCGGCGUCCCCCGGCUCCUGGGGGGGGGACGUUGCUGUGUCCCCCCUGUCCCCAGCUGCAGGACGUGGCCCUGGCGCCAGCAGAGAGGCAGAGCUCGCGGGAAAGUGGGGGGAAAACCACAUAUAUAUUAACUAAGCUUGGACCAACUUCGCUGAAAGAGGGGGACAGCAGCCCCCCGUGUGGGCCCGACCUAUGUAACGGACUGUAACGCUAACUGUUUUCCAUAGCUGCCRUUGUCUCUAACUGUUCGUACGUCUCCAGCCGGUCCCGCCUAGCUCCGUGUCUUUGCCGUGAGCGGUCCUGCUGCGGGUGCUCCUUGUGUGCGUGUUCC